AUGGAGCGUCGAUCCACAUCCCCCAAAUCUCGUAAACCGUUAAGCAGAUCGAAGUGGGACUCAGAAAGCGGCACAGGCACAGAGAAUUGGACUCCCGAUUGUUCUGAUUCUUCGAAUGGUGAUAACAGCAAUGAGUUGGCCGCUGACUCGCUGGCUGAAGAAAAUACCGAAUUUACCAAGAACUGUACGCAGGAGUCCCAGAUCAACACUCAUACUUCACAAGCAACACGCACGCCUUCCAGUAGCGACCCCUACCAAACAGACAAGAGGUGGAGAGCGCUCAUGUACCUUAGUGUGGAACAAUUCUUGAAGCUAGACAUUAUCCAAAAAAUGAUCGAGAAGCUAAACAACCACGAGCUGGUCCACGUCAUGGAACAAGCUCUGAACGUCGAAGAUCUCGAUUUCACUAUACGGAGGCGGGUCCAGUUCGAGGUCCUCUGCACGUCCCAGAAGCAAUGCAUCGAUCUUCUCAACCACUACCUGCGCGAUGAGGGUGUCGAGACCCUCGAUAUCGAGGCAAAUCCAAGACUCGAGCUGCACAAUUUACUCAAUCACUUCUGUGUAGAAAACCCGGAAAAGAAGAGAGGAAUGGUCCUCGACCAACUGCGUCAGAUAUCGACGCUGAAGGCAUUUAAUGCGCUUGCUCGGCAGAUCUGGUGUCUCUCUGCAGAGGAGAGGGACAAGCUGGGAGAUGAAGCGCUUCAAUACCAUGAGUGGCGACAUGAAGUCGAUCCAAAGUACUGGAUUCCGUGGCAGUGGUGUUGA